AACGUGAAAUAAAACUCGGGGUAGAAAUUGCGAAAGAAGGAACAUCUCAUAGUACUUACGGAUAAACACAAUUUAGAAAUGCAGACGACAAAUAAACAGGGUAUGGAGCCAACAUCAUCAUGGAACAUUUGGAGCCUAGUUAGUACAGGAGUGUUUAUGGUCGUCGUAUUCGUUUUGGCGACAGCAGCGAGAGGCGAAUGGUUCCUAGUUGCCACAUGUUUGGGAAAGGACUUCCUACGUGACGUCAUGCCUACGUUUAACGUACCAGUUAACUCCACGUCUCACCUAAGACAUCUGCUGAUGGGGACGUGGUUUAAAGACUUGCCCAUUUAUGUUGCGUUUUCUGUCAUCCCCUCGCUAUGCGGGUUCUGGGGUAUCGGUAUUGGUUUCGACUUUUACUUCUACAAGAAAAGAAAUGAUAAGCCGGAGCAGUGGAAGUGCCAGCCGACCCGCUGGCUCACGAAGCCUAACGAGUGGCACGCGUUCCUUCUGGGGUCCACCAACAUGCUCAUAGGCUCCGUUGUCUCGGGAGUCAUCUCGUGUUAUAUCAUGAACGGAGGUAAAUGCACGUUAUACACGCGGUCGGACGCGUACGGCUGGGCAUACCUGCUUCUCUCCGCGCCCGCUCUGUUCCUCUACAACGGGGCGGUCAUCUACUACCCGCACAGGAUGUUCCACAUCCCCUUCCUGUAUCGCCAUGUGCACAAGGUUCACCACCGGUACGGGAGUCCCACGCUGUACACUGCAACCGCCAUGCAUACGUUGGAGUUCCUCGUAUACCAGAUCUUAUUGAUGUUACCCGUGUUCGUCGUACCGUUACAUGCGGUCGUUUUCGUCACCAUUCUUCUCUACGGCUACUACUAUGACUUGAUGGACCACUCGGGGAUUAAGAUAGACUCAGUGUGGCCAUGGCAACCGUCCACCAUGUUCCAUGACGACCAUCACAGGCAUACCCACUGUAACUUCGGACUCAACACCAUUUUGUUCUACCGUUUCCAUGGUACCCUGAGGCGUACAAACCGGAAGUAAUGGGAGAAAGUUUUUUGCGGGAAAGGGAUUGCGGAGUUUUUGAAAAACAACCAAUCAGUAUUCAUCACACAUUCGACUCGGAGCAUUGUAUUUAAAAGAACAAAUAUGAGCGAACUCAAAAUAUCAAAUAAUCCUGAUAACUACAUAACAAUUGUAAGGAUGAGGGAUAUUUUAAUACUGGAAAAGCAGCCUUAAAUCAAUAUAAUAUAAACGCCAAUCGUUUUGUUCCAUAUUUGCAUAAAC